AUGAGUAGAGAUUUAAACGGCAGUGAUCCAUGUACUUAUAAAAAAGUUCAAGAUGAAAUAAAUACGAACAGUAAUUAUUACAAUACAUCAAAUUCAAAUGCAUCAUCAUCGUUGAAUGCUGCAAGUACGACUAACGCUGAGACUUACAAUACUAAUACGCAACAAACAAAUACAACAGCAUCAUCUAGUUAUUCAUCGUCGAGUUCGACAAAUGAAUCGGAUUCAACAAAUAGAUCAUCUGGUCAUCAUGGUAAAACAUCCUAA